GGUGGAGUAAUAGAAAUUUUAUCAGAAUUGAUCGGAAAGGCGGCGCAUAAAUUUUUGGGUAUUGAUCCACAAACCGGCCGUAUAAUUGGUGCCGUUGCUGGCAAUGUAAUCUUCUCAUUGGGUGGUAAAGAUAAUAAACUAUCAGAUAUUGGCAAGAUCAUUCUUGAUAAUAUCAUUUCUGGAAAUUUCAAAAGAAAAGUAAGGUUUUUGUUAAUUAUACAUUUCGCAUUCUUGGAUCACACUUUGAUUGUUCAGCCUUUCGUACCACAUGAUCCUGAACCAGUCCCACGACCUACACCACAUCCACGGCCUUCUGAUGCAGCGCUUGAUUUUUAUGAUGAAAGAGAUCGAUGUUUGAAGUCGAAUACUCUCUUUGAGGAUCCAGAAUUCCCUGCCAAUGAUUCUAGUUUAUUUUAUAGUCGGCGCAUUGAUAGAUAUAUCGAAUGGAAACGACCAGGUGAACUUGUACGAGAUCCACAGCUUAUAACUGAAGGGCAAAGUCGUUUUGACGUAAUUCAAGGUGAAUUGGGUGAUUGUUGGUUAAUGGCUGGGGCUGCGAGCAUCACUUUGCGAGACGAACUUUUUUAUCGAGUCGUACCUCCAGACCAGAGCUUUACUGACAAUUAUGCAGGAAUAUUUCAUUUUCAAUUUUGGCAUUAUGGUGAAUGGGUCGAUGUUGUCAUUGAUGAUCGUUUGCCAACCUCUGAUGGAAAACUACUAUAUAUGCAUUCGCGCGAGCUUAACGAGUUCUGGAGUCCAUUACUGGAGAAAGCUUACGCCAAAUUGCAUGGAAAUUAUGAAGCAUUAAAAGGAGGAACAACGUCGGAAGCAUUGGAAGAUAUGACCGGAGGACUAACAGAAUUCGUAGAUUUAAAACAGCCUCCAAAAAAUCUUCUUCAAAUGAUGUUCAGAGGAUUUGAAAUGAGUUCUUUAUUUGGAUGCAGUAUCGAAGCAUCUCCCCUGGAAUUCGAAGCUCGUACACGAGAAGGACUAGUAAAAGGUCAUGCAUACAGCAUUACGGGAAUGAGGAUGGUGGAAACACAACAAGGAACAAUUCCUCUUUUGCGCAUUCGUAAUCCAUGGGGCAAUGCUCAAGAAUGGAAUGGUGAUUGGUCUGAUAACAGUGCGCUUUGGGAUUACGUUUCCUCUGAGCAAAAACGAGAUAUGAAUUUGGUUCUUGCACAUGAUGGCGAAUUUUGGAUGUCCUUCCAAGAUUUCAUGAAACACUUUGAUAAAAUGGAAAUAUGCAACUUGGGGCCUGAUGUUAUGGAUGAAGUGACUGAGAUGACUGGAGUAUCUAUGUCACAAGCUGGCUAUAAAACUUGGAAUGCUAGGACGCAUUUAGGGGUCUGGAGUGGUCAAAGCGCCGGUGGUUGCCGCAACUAUCUUAAUUCCUUCGCAUAUAAUCCUCAGUACUGUAUGACUCUAUCGAGUGCUGAUCCAAACGAUGCUGAUGGCCUUUGUACAGUUAUUAUCGCUGUUCUUCAAAAAUAUCGGCGUGAAUUAAAGCCAAAAGGGAUCGAGAACUUGGCUAUUGGUUUUGCCGUCUAUGAAGUUGAUGAUUAUCGUGGUCGCCUGGGGCGCAGCUAUUUUGCUACGAAUAAAUCUAUUGCCCGAAGUGCUGCAUUUAUAAAUCUACGCGAGGUUACUGGCAGAUUUCGCUUGCCACCUGGUAUUUAUGUCAUUGUUCCCUCUACUUUCGAACCUGGUGAAGAAGGCGAAUUUAUGUUGCGAAUAUUUUCUAAUGUGGUCGUUGAUUCAGAGUAA